GUUUCCGUGCUUUGAAAUUUGAAUCUAAGAGUUGUAUUUGCCGUUGCAGAAACGCCAAACACGUUGCGUACCGUAAGAUUUUUCAGUGGGAGACUCGAAAGCAGUGCGCUGAAGGUCACUGGCCCUACGAUUAGUCGUGCUGUGUAGGCGUUCCAUCAUCCAUGCAUCAGUGACACGAAAUAAUGCCUAAGCAUAAGAUACCGUACUCCCAGAAAUAUCGGGAGGAGUGGGAGAAACUGAAAGAGUUCCAAGGCUGGCUACAACGUUGCACAACCGACAACAUAAAAGCUUAUUGCAAAUAUUGCAAAUGCUUAUUGGCUGCCAGGUUUGCCGAUCUUCAAAAACAUACCAAGACAGAUAAGCACAUUCAAAAUGCGCGGCCUUUUUCUUCUGCUUCUCAGCAAAGAAUUCAAUUUCAACCUCUAAGUGUCAUCAGCAAGCAACAGCGAAAAGAAGCGCAACUCUGUAUGUAUUCUGCUGUACACACUAGUGUUAGGUCUAUUGAUCAUCUAAGUGACCUCCACAAAGACUAUUCCGAAACCAUAAAAAUUCACCGUACCAAAUGCACCCAAAUAAUUAAGAACGUCAUAGGACCCCAUUUCCGAAAGGCACUAAUUGAGGACAUUGGUAACAACCCCUAUAGUCUUAUCAUCGAUGAGUCGACUGAUAUAUCGGUUUCAAAAAUGCUAGGGAUAGUGAUACGUUAUCACAGCAUAAAUUUGAAUAAAAUAGUGACAACGCAUCUUGAACUGGCGCAUAUCGAAGAUGGUACAGCAAAAUGCAUUACAGAGACUGUGAAACAGGUGUUGCAAAAGCACAAGUUACCUUUGCAGAAUUUGCAGGGCAUGGGUACAGAUAACGCUGCUGCAAUGGUAGGUGUGAACAACGGCGUUUUCGCGUUAUUGAAAUCGGAAAUUCCGCACCUACGGCUGGUGCGUUGUGUGUGCCAUUCCUUACAGUUGGCUCUUUCGAAAUCUACCGAGAAAACAUUGCCACCAGAAAUCGACUUUUUAAUAAGAGAAACUUAUAACUGGUUUCAAUCGUCAGUUCGACAGAUUGCAUAUGUGAACGUCUACAAAACUCUCAAUAACGAUGAAACGCCUUUGAAGAUUCUCAGAAUGAGCGACACACGGUGGAUUUCAAUUGAGCCAGCUGUCAAACGAAUACUUGAUCAAUGGGAGACCCUGAAAGAUCAUUUCAAUAUUGUGCGCCUGACGGAUCAUUCUGCGGAUAUGUUAUAUCAGCUAUAUUCAAAGUCAGCCAAUUUAGUAUACCUUAAUUUUCUAUACCCGAUACUUACAAUGGUACAAAAAACUAACAAGCACUUUGAAUCACAAACUGCAGACCCUACGAAGCUUCUCAAUGAUUUAAAGCAAUUGUACUCAACCGUAAUAAACCUCGUUGUUAAUCCAAUGCAUCGUGUGGAUAUUUUCGACGAGCAAUUCAAUAUUGAGAGAUUCUUAAGCCCCAAUAUCUACCUUGGAUUCGCAUUUGAGAAUGCUUGUACCGUACACAAAAUCGGUGCUUCAGAAAAGACUGAGAUCCAGAGCAAAUGCGUUGCAUUCCUUAUCAACCUAGCGAAGGAGCUAAAAAAUCGACUACCUGAUAAUGUCAAUAUUUUAAGUUCAAUGAAUAUGCUUUCUGUUCAAGAAGCGAGAAAGCCAUUAAAGAUGUCAAUUUCUGAGUUGGCCUCUCAGUUUGUCAGUGACAAUUUUGAAAUUAAUAAUAUCGAAAAUGCGUGGAUGCAGUUACACACUAUUCCUUGGGAGAACAAAGAAAACACUGAAUUAUUUUGGUUAGAAGUAGCGAAAUAUAGAAAUGCCAGUGAUGAAAAUCCUUUCCAACCUCUUGUGAAUCUUGCGUUUGCGGUACUCUGUCUGCCACAUUCAAACGCAGAUGUUGAGAGACUUUUUAGUCAGAUGAACGUCAUUAAAAGCAAGUUGCGAAACCGGAUGCUGCUUGAUCUGCUAGACAGCAUACUUCAUAUUAGGUUUGGUUUGAAGAGGAUUGGCAAAUGUUGUCAGAGUUAUACGUUGCCUGAUGAAGUUUGCAAGCAAAUUGGCACUAACGAGUCAUAUUCAAAACAUCAUGAAGAUGAUGUUGAUGUAAAUGAACUACUAAGCGAUGACUGAUAAUUGAGUUAAGUGAUAUUAAACCAUAAGCUAUGACCUGUGAAAUACCUAUACAUUUUGUUCCUUGUUUUUAAUCUCUUUUAUUGUAAGACUUGCAAUAGGUAUACUUAUCUAAUACAUACGCAAUAAUUAAAAUAAUGUAAUCGAUGCUACAAAUAGUUAAGUGAAUUCUGUUGUAUUACCACAAUAUUUUAUGUAUAUGCGUUAAGUUUUGUUUUAUCACGGAGGAUGAUCAACAUUUUGCUUUUUGUCUCUUUACAUUAACUUGUGUAUUACAAUUCAAUGUGAGAAUAAUGUAAGCAAAGAGGUAGGUGGGGUUGUGCAUCU